CCCCUGGUUACUGUGCGUUGCUACAACGAUCUGAUGGCCGGCGUCGCCAGUCCUUAAGUACGCUCGGCCUUACAUCUUUCCUUUCGCCUUCGUUCGUUCUUGCCCCGUCGGUGUCUACGCCCACCUUUUUGUUUCUUUCAUCCUUUCACUUGGCCGCUGGUCGACCUUCGAAUCGCAACCUUCCUUCAGCCUCCUAGUCAAUUGCAUUCUAUCCCUCCCCAUACCCCAAUUCACGAUGAUCUCCUCUCGUUCCACCCUUUUCGCCAUCGCGGCCUUCUUGUUCGCUGGUCAGGCUAUCGCAGCUCCUAUGCCGAUGCCGAUGCGGCAGGCACUGGUGGCCAGAGAACCCGCUGUACCGUUCGAGGUCAUCCCUGCUUACAUUAAGAGGGCGGACCUGAAUACCGUGGCCGAGGAGACGCCCACGAAGGGCGAGAAUGGCAGAAUAGUGGCCUACAGGCGUGCUGAUGUCAACACCAUGGCCGAGGAGACGCCUACGAAGGGCGAGAAUGGCGCGAUCGUGGCCUACAACAAGCGCGCCGACGUGAACACCGUGCCGGCUGAGAAGGCCACAAAGAGUGAAACGGGCGAGAUCGUAGCCUACGACAAGCGUGCCGACGUUAACACGAUUCCAGCUGAGAAGGCCACGAAGAGCGACACGGGCGAGAUUGUAGCCUACGACAAGCGCGCAGACGUGAACACCAUGCCAGCUGAGCAGCCCACGAAGAGCGAGAAUGGCCAGAUCGUGGCAUAUAACAAGCGCGCAGACGUGAACACCAUACCGGCUGAGCAGCCCACGAAGAGCGAGAAUGGCCAGAUCGUGGCAUAUAACAAGCGCGCAGACGUGAACACCAUACCGGCUGAGCAGCCCACGAAGAGCGAGAAUGGCCAGAUCGUCGCGUACUAGGCAUCAUCUGGGAGCAUGCCGUGGGAGGACUGUUGUAAGAGUAGAGCACGUCUGACUGUUGUCUGUGGAAGAAGCUGGCUUCACGGUGGCGAUUUUGUUAUUGCAUUUCUGUAAAGCUUUUGGCGUAGAUAUUGCUCGUGAACACCCUUCGUUUUAUGUUCAUCUUGCAAUGCAACGAACUAGCAAGAGUCGCUACAGAUUAGUGUCUGCUACGCUGCUUUUAUUCCCUG